AUGAAGCUCUUUUCAAGACCUGCCGUCGUGGCCGCCGCCGAGCUACGGUCACCUGCCGAAAAAGACCUUGUGCGAAGGCUGGACUUCUUCCUUCUCACCUUUGGCGCAAUAAGCCAAAUCAUCAAGUACUGCGACCAAAUAAAUUUAAACAAUGCCUACGUCUCGGGCAUGAAAGAAGAUCUCUCCCUCUACGGAGACGAGCUCAACUACUUUACGACAUGCUUCAACGUGGCCUACUGCCUGUUCGCCAUACCCAGCCAGAUCGCCCUGACAUACGUCCGACCCAGCCUCUGGCUCAGCGGUUUGGAGGUCGCCUGGGGCGUCAUGACCGGUCUAAUGGCCAUGGUCACAAAGCCAUAUCAGGUCUACAUCAUCAGAGUCUUCCUCGGCCUCUUCGAAUCCAGCGCCUGGCCGGGCUUCAUGACGCUCCUCACCUACUGGUACACGCCCAAAGAACUCGCCAAGCGCAUGGGCUUCUACCACUCCUGCCAAGCAGUCGGCAGCAUGAUGUCGGGCGCGCUGCAAGCCGCCAUCAUGAGCACCAUGGACGGCUCCGGCGGCCUCGCCGGCUGGCGCUGGCUCUUCGUCAUCAACGCCAUCAUCACCGUCGUCUGGGGCUUCCUGGGCGUCUUCCUGCUGCCGGACCUGCCGAACAAGCCCAACCCGCGCGCCAGGUUCUGGUUCCGCGAAACCCACGCCGACGUCGCCAUGGGGAGGCUGGCACGCCACGGCAGAAAGGAGCCGGAGAAGCUGUCUUGGGCUGCGGCGAGGCGCACGUUUGGCUCGUGGAUCGUGUAUUUCGUUGCGGCGCUGUACGUUGCGACUGUGCUGACGACGUCGGGGAAUGCGUAUUUUGGGCUUUUUCUCAAGGCGAUGAGGAAUCCGGAUGGGACGGCGAGGUGGACGACGACGGAGGUGAAUGCGAUUCCGAUUGGUGGCUCGGCGAUCAACGUCGUUUUUGUCUGGGUUUGGGCCAUACUGUCGGAUCUCCUGGAAACACGCUGGACUUUGAUCAUUGCGCAAGGCCUGAUCGGUCUCGUUCCUUCAAUCGCUCUGUCCAUUUGGACCUCUCACCCCGAGUCGACUCCCAUUGCGAGUGCUUACGCUGGGUACUUCCUCACUUUCUCUUGCAUGGGCACAGCGCCCCUCAUAUUCUCCUGGCUAUCCGAUUUGCUGCCCCAAGAUCCCAGCGGCCGUGCCUUGAUCGUUGGCGUCUGUGUUGCUUCGUACUACGCAGUUUCUUCGUGGAGUAAUGUCUUGGUCUGGCCAGCAUCAGAAGCUCCGUAUUACCGGAAGGGAUGGCAGUUGUCGAUUGCGCUCUGGGUGUUCGUUAUGGUCAUGACUGCUGCGUUGCGUUUCAUCGAUGUGCGGUACAUGAAGCCAAAACGCGAAGCAUACGCUGCAACGAUCGAAGGCCAGGCGGUAGAGGAGGUCCAGGUGCAAGUUGUCGACAAGAAGAGCGUUGAGACCGGCGUGUAG